AUGGCAUGGCAAGUAAUAUUUUUCUUUCUUUCCUUCCUUUGUGAAGCUGUAUCUGAUCAGCUCCAUUACUCAAUAUAUGAGGAAAUGAAGAUAGGCUCUUUAAUAGGGAAUGUUGCAAAGGAUUUGGGUAUGGACAAUACAGAAUUGAUCAUUAGAAAAUUGCAGAUAUCUUCUCAGACAGAAAAACAGUAUUUCAAUAUCAAUUUAGAAAAUGGGAACUUAUUUGUGAUUGAUAGAAUAGACAGGGAAACAAUUUGUGGGAUAGAGCAGAAUUGCCUUUUGAAUCUUGAAGUGUUGGUUGAAAAGCCUGUAAAUAUUUUCCAUAUAAGAGUUGAAAUUCAAGAUAUAAAUGAUAAUCCACCUAGUUUUUCUAAGGAUGUAUUUGAUAUAGAAAUUGGUGAAUUUGCUUCUCCUGGAACACGUUUUAUUUUAGGAAAUGCACAAGAUCCAGAUCUAGGUAUUAAUUCUUUACAAAGCUACAAACUCAGCUCCAACCUACAUUUCACACUGGGAGAAAAAACUAGCACUGAUGGAAUUAAAUAUCCUGAACUUGUGUUAGAAAAGCCCUUAGAUCGUGAGGAGCAAAGCAUCUAUAAUUUAAUUCUCACUGCUUACGAUGGUGGCACACCUGUAAAAUCUGGAACUGCUCAAAUACGGGUUGUAGUUCAUGAUGUAAAUGAUCAUUCUCCUGCAUUCAACCAAGACAAAUAUCAAGUAACUAUAAAUGAAAAUGUACCAAAUGGUUUUCUAGUAAUCCAACUUAAUGCUACAGAUGCAGAUGAUGGUUCAAAUGCAGAGAUUAUGUAUUCCUUCAGUCACAUUGCUAAAAAUGCUAUGGAAGCUUUCACCUUAGAUUCUCAAAGUGGAGUAAUUAUUACUAAGCGAGAGCUGGACUUUGAAGUUACAAAAAUGUAUGAGAUGAUGGUCGAAGCUAAAGACGGUGGCGGUUUAGUGGGACAUUGUAAAGUUUCGAUUCAGAUAAUUGAUAUCAAUGACAAUGCUCCAAAAAUAAUACUUAAAUCUUUUACUACACCUAUUCCAGAGGACUCCUUACCUGGUACACUUGUAGCACUAAUUAAUGUUCAUGAUUUGGAUUCAGGAAAAAAUGGUAAAGUGAUUUGCCAUGUUGUUGGUGAAUUGCCAUUUAAAUUAAUAGCUUCAUCUUUAGGUUAUUACAAACUUGUAACUACACAAACUAUUGACAGAGAAACAACAUCUGAUUACAAUAUUAUAAUAAAAGCAGAAGAUGAAGGAUCUCCCCCCUUGUAUUCAAAUAAGACAAUUCAGUUAACAAUAUCAGAUAUAAAUGACAACCCCCCAGUUUUUGUUAAAACAAAUGAUGUGACCUACGUGAUGGAAAAUAACUUAGCAGGAACUUCAAUAUACAGAGUGUACGCUUCAGAUAUCGAUAUUAAUGAGAAUGCCAAAAUAAUAUUCUCCAUUCUUAAUACAGAUAUUGAGAACAUGCCCAUAUCAUCAUAUGUUUCCAUAAACUCAGCAACUGGAAUUAUUUAUGCACAACGCACGUUUGAUUAUGAACAGUUAAGAGAAAUUCAGUUCCAAGUAAUGGCUAGAGACAGUGGAUAUCCUCUUUUAAGCAGCAAUGCCACAGUCAGGAUAUGUAUUGUGGACAAGAAUGACAAUGCUCCAAAAUUUCUCUACCCUUCAACAGACACUGAUGAAUCAGCAUUCGUUGAAUUUAUUCCUCACACAUCUGAGAAAGGUUAUCUUAUCACCAAAGUGAUUGCAGUGGAUGCUGACUCAGGACACAAUGCUUGGCUCUCUUAUCAUUUUCUACAAGUCCCAGAACCGGUUUCUUUCACCAUUGGGCACCACACCGGAGAAAUUAGGUUGGCACGUAAUCUCCAGGAUACAGAAUUUUUGAGGCAAAAAGUUGUGGUUAUGGUAAAAGACAAUGGUGAACCUUCACUUUCUGCUACAGUGUCACUGCAAUUGGUAAUGGGAGAAACAUAUCAACAGAUUCUUCCAGAGAUAAGCAGUCAACCUGUGGACUUGGAAGCUCAGCCAAAUGUAACCUUUAUCCUAGUAAUAUCAAUAGCUGUUAUUUCUAUUUUAUUCAUUUUGACAGUAAUAUCUACAGUUAUUUCUAAAUUUAGAAAAGUAAGUACUCCAACUGCUUUUGGCACUCUAACUAGGGAUUUGUUUCCCCAAGUUGCCCUAAGAUACUCUUCUCAGUUUAGUGAUGGAACUUUGCCACUCCCAUAUUCAUAUGAUGUUUGUGUAGCACUCGACCAAAGUAAAAAUGAAUCUGCACAUCUUAAACCAAUCCAGAAUGUUCCAACAGACAAUCUUAUUGAAACAGUUGAUUCAGUUCCUGUAAAUGAUCUUCUGAACAACCAUUUGCCUUCAGAUAGUCUAACAGAGGUAAGAUAUAUUUCUUAUUUAAAUAAAUUCAUUUGA